AUGCCGCGCCCUGCUCCUAAGCGAAAUCGAUCUACCAAGGCUCCCAAGCCUGCAGUUGCAGGAACACGCGAUAAGGAGUCCCCCGCCAAAUCGCCAGAACGCGGGUCUACAUUAGAUCCUCGACAAACCCUCCGCAGUCAAACACCGUUAGCUAAAAGCUAUGAACAAGCCAUUGAAUCAUCGCCAGCUGGCGAUCGGCCUGGUACUGGGAGUCGUCCUGGUACGGGCAGCAGACCCCCGACUAGGUCCCGUGGCUACUCGUCGACCUUAUCCUUUGCGGGCCGAAAGGGCGAUGCGAGCUCGCGCGUCCCAGGUACCCCCGGGUUUGAAAGCUCAGUCUUGAGCAAUUUUCGCCGACGCCCCCGUCAACAGAGCAUAUUGCAGAUGAUGCAAGCCGAAGAUGGCUCAUCCGACCUCGAUGACGAAGACUUCCUGGGAGGCUUGAGCCCUCAGGAUGAAUCCACACCUUUGAAUCUGCCCCGAGGACAUUCGCUACUCUUAAAUCCGGGUGAUCAGUCUCCAUCGAGGUCGGCAUCGGGGUCGCUACAGUCAUCUGGCGGAUUUCGCAAGCGCAAGCGCGAGGAAAUACAAGUACCCCAAUCAUCAGUGGAAGAGGUUCCAGGAUUUGUCCAGGAUUCCCCCAGUGUUACACCAGUACCUCGCAGACGCUCAUCCCAUGGAUUAGAGGAGACACCACAGCCUAUACCUUUUCCUGAAAUUUUUAGUCAAACCAUGGCAUUGCCCGCCAGUAGCAGUCCACCUCCACCAGAGAGUACUCAAGGUUCCAUUGCAGCGCCGCGCUCGCCAGCCGCUCUUCACCGGAUUUCCGAAAAGAAUAAUUCCAAAGACACGGUUCAGUUGGCCACAGCAACACUCCGGGAAAGGCUACUUCCCCGUCGCCGGCAACCUCGCCGUCAACGCCGAGCGGCGGGCGACGCUGAACCCCUCAGUGACGAAAGCGAUGAUGGGAUGCACGCUGCGGUCUCCGGCGACGAAGACGAACUUAGCUAUCUGCCGGCAAAAAGAACGCAACGUGCACCUUCGAGAAAACCCAGACCCCUUGGCAGCAAUCGAGCUCAAUCCAAUCAAAAACCAAAGAAGACCAAGGCCAAAUCCGCCCCGGCCCCCAAGCAGUCCAAGUCACGGGAGCUAGCCAGGGGAGAAGUGGAUAAGGAGAAUGAAUUACUCCUCUCCUCGCCGUCAUCUUCACCCUUGUCCUCCCCACCCGACUCGGACGCAAGCGAUUCCGAGGCUGAGGCGGUGUCUGGGGUGUCUGAUCAGCGCUACAUGAGUGCCGAGUUGCGCGCCGCUGCUAAGAAGUUUGCCGAGGUGGAUCAAUGGCAAAUGGAGUUUGAGGAGAUAUCUGCGUCCGAGACUCAUAGUCCAGGCCGAUGA